GCGUCUGGCUUUAGUUAAAGGCAGUACAACAGCUGUCAGAUUACAUUAUCAGCAUGGCUUGUUUAGAUAAAUGCCAUUGCUCUGUAGACAACAGGAGACAUGGCAGUAUUUUAUACAAUAUACUGAAAAAUGAGGAACACAAGGAAUCACACAAUAGCAAAAGCAGAAAAGAUCAUUCAGGAAUAUUUGGGCAAGGUUGUUCCUGUGGCUCACAGAAGAGGGUCAGUCUGAAAAGUCCCCAAAUCACAUGCAAAGCUGCUUCUGCAGUCCUGGUAAAGACUCUAAGAUUUGUGAAAAAUGUGCCAUGCUUUCAGGAACUACCUUUGGAUGACCAAUUGGUGCUGGUCAGAAACUGCUGGGCUCCACUGCUAGUACUUGGACUUGCACAGGACAAGGUGGAUUUUGAAACAAUAGAAACGUCAGAACCAAGUAUGUUACAGAGGAUUUUAACCAAUAAAGACGAAGGAGAGAAAAUCCAGCAGCAGGAUCACCAUGAAAUACAAAGAGGACCAAGUCACCACCACCAGCACAGACUCACACAGCUCCCAUCAGCUGCAGAGAUCAGGUGGAUCAAAGAGUUUCUAAACAAGUGCUGGAAACUGGACAUCAGCACUAAGGAAUAUGCGUACCUCAAAGGGAUUGUGCUUUUUAAUCCAGAUUUACCAGAAUUACACUGCAUCCAGUAUAUCCAAGGAUUACAACAGGAAGCCCACCAAGCCUUAAAUGAACAUGUCAAAAUGAGUCAAAGAUGGGAUCACAACAGAUUUGCCAAAUUAAUUAUUGUCCUUUCCUUACUCAGAUCAAUCAAUGCUUAUGUCAUUGCAGAACUUUUUUUUCGACCAAUUAUUGGUUCCGUCAAUAUGGAUGACAUGCUGCUAGAGAUGCUUGGGGCAAAAAUAUGACAAUAUCCUUCUGUGCUUGCCAAUAAAUGCUGCAGUAAGCUGUUCCAGCUCUCACAAUGUUAUAUGAGUCUAGUGAUAAACUUUGUAUUAGGAAAUGUAAAUAGCCCUAAUAAGACAAAGGUACACGUUUAGAAGACAAAUUACCUGCACAAUAGGGAAAUUUUUCCUAAAAUAAUUUGGAAAAUAGUAAAGAUUCUUCAUUAUAAGAUUAAGUUGAUUGGUUCAGGCACAAUCAUGACUUGUGUUUCACCACAACAUGGAACUGAUAAACAUAUUUAAUAUCAUGUUUUUUUAACUAUAUAAAGAUAAACUAGCAUUAACUGAUUUCAGAAUUAAAGGGACAUGAAACCCAAAAAAUGUAUUUCAUGAUUUAGGUAGAACAUACAAUAUUAAAUAGCUUUACAGUUUACUUCUAUUAUCAAAUUUGCUUAAUUCUCUUGGUAUCAUUUGUUGAAGGAGCAAUAAUGCACUACUGGUUUCUAACUGAACACAUGAGUCAGCAAAUGACUUUACUGUCCCUUUAAUGCUGUAUUACCAGUCUUCACACCAUGGAAAACUAUAUACAUAGGACAUAUGCUGAUUUACUUAAAAAUGUAUAAUUGCAGCCAAAUGACUUCUAAUAAUGAUGUAAUACCAAUUGUAUUUGGUACACAGCUAUUUUGAUGCUUAGUGCUAAUGAAAAUACAUUGCACUUAUAGUUUGAAAUGGAAACUAUACUAAUAAAUAAGCAAAACCCAAAUACUAUUACAAAUAUUUGCUGAAUGAAAGUCUCUUUGUAAGAUGUUGCUUUCUUCUAUUUCCUUAUAAUAACACUGUGCACUUGUUUGGCCAUUGUGUUGUAAAGUAUUGUAUCAUUUGUAACUUAUUGUUUUUACAAAGAUGAUAUUUUUGUAUUGUAUAAUAAAGAAUAUUC